AAAAAGAAACGAAGCCUCUCUGACAGAAAAUGGCUGAUAUAGAGCGCGGCCACAACAUCCCUAGGCUCCAAGCAUAGUUUUAAGGUGUCCUACGUUUGAGCAUGCACUAUUACAUUUAACAGUAGUACACAAUGUUUAAAAAGGCGAAAAGAGCAAACUUUCGGCGGAGGAAUGAGUCGGACGAGGAUGAACAGGAGGAGAGUCAGCAGCACCCGCCGCUGGCGCCGACAUCGUUCGGGCCUGUCGUGGAAAUCCCGUUUAUGGAGACUUCUAAUAACAACGUUGCCGCAGCACCGAGUUGCACGGAUACCUACCACAGUAACGGCUUUCAGGCUAACAUUAUGAGAGCUAUCAAGAAGGAAAAGAAAACCAGAGAGGUAGCAAUUUUACCUGUACCCACAAAGGCCAGUCUGCUGAGCUUCGACGAUGAUGAAGAAGGAUCCGAGGUGUUCAGAGUGAAGAAGUCCAACCACAGCAAGAAGAUUGUCAAACAGCUAAAGAAGGAAUACAAGGAGGAUUUGGAGAGGUCUGGAUGUGUCAAACAAGAGGUCAAAUCAGAUGGUCCACCUCAGCCUGCUGUUACCAUUAAGGAAGACGUUACUAGCAGAGCAGGCAGUGAACAGGGGGAGGAAGAAAUGGAGGUGGACAGUGCCGACGAACAUGAGGAGGAGGCAAGAAGUCAAGGCGGUCAGACACAAAGUCAAGCAUCCAGAAGCAACAAUACCGGAGCAUCGUUUAACACACUUUCUACCCUCGGAAGCUUGAGACCAGGGGAGAUCCCAGAUGCAGCAUUCAUCCACGCUGCCAGAAAGCGCAGGCAACUGGCCAGAGAGCUGGGGGGUGAAACCCCUCUUGUAGAAACAGAGACUCCUAAGAAACGUCUGGUACGAGAAGACCAAGAUGCCAGCGAUGACGAAGACGAGGAAGAGAAGAGGAUCCGCUUCAGUGGAGUCAGAAACAAAAGCCAGAGACAGAAGAUAGCUGAAGAGAUAGGUAUUGAGGGUAGUGAUGAUGAGGCCCUGGAUGCAGGUCAGGAUGAGGAAGUGAGCCGUUGGGAGCAGGAGCAGAUUAGGAAAGGAAUCAGCAUACCCCAGGUCCAGAGCAGUCAACCAGAGGACAACACAGUCUACUACCAGAACAGCUACGAGAGCCAGCCCUAUGGCGCUUCCUACAGCAUCCCUUUCACCUACAGUACGGUGGCCCCACAGAUUGGCAAGCCAGCUGGCCGCGCCGACAAUGGCUCUGUUCACUACGGGGCGGUUAUUAGCGAUCUAACCCCAGUAUCCAUUGAUCUGGUAAAGAAACGCCUGCAGGAUAGGCUCAACCAAAUGCAUGCAGGCCACAACGCAAAUACCAGGCGCUACAAACAGAUCAAAGAAGAGUUAGCUGCUUCUGAGAGUACCAUUCAGCAGCUGGAGGGUUCAUCCAAUGACAAUGCAGAUCAAUAUAAAUUCUUGCAAGAGAUGCGAGGGUAUGUUGGAGACUUGCUUGAGUGUUUCAGUGAAAAGGUGCCUGCUGUCCUGGAGCUGGAGGCUGCCAUGCACCAGUUACUAAGGCAACGGGCCUCACGACUUGUCCAGAGAAGACAGGAUGAUAUUAAAGAUGAAUCGUCGGAGUUUGCAAGCCUUUCAAAUAAAGCUGUCAUGGCUCCUAAUCUAGACUCAUUUGGUCGAGACCGUGCUGCAUACCAAGAGCACAGUCGUCAGAGGAGGAUAGCUGAAAGAGAAGCCAGACGAACACGGCGGCGACAAGCUCGAGAGCAGAAUGGCAAGAGGGCUGAGCAUAACGAAGGCUUAUCAUCUGAUGACGAGGAAACGUCUACUGACAUCACCAGCUUCAACAUGGAAAGAGAUCGUAUCAUCAGGGAAUGUAAGAAGGUAUUUGAGGACGUGGUGGAGGACUUUCAUUCUCUAGACUGCAUCAAAUCUCAUUUCGAAGUGUGGAGAAGAGAGUAUGCCGACUGCUACAGAGAUGCUUACAUAGGCCUCUGUCUGCCCAAGCUCUUUAACCCAUUAGUCCGUCUGCAGCUCAUUGCGUGGAACCCUCUCGAGGCGCAGUGUGCAAACUUUGAAUACAUGCUCUGGUUUGAGUCGCUGUUGUUUUACGGCUUUGAGGAGCACAGCACGUUGCAGAAAGGAGAUGGGGAUAUCGGUUUGCUGCCUGCUAUUGUGGAGAAGGUCAUCCUCUCUAAACUGACAGUGUUGGCGGAGCAAGUGUGGGACCCACUGUCAAGCAGUCAGACAGCCAGACUGGUGGGAUUCAUUCACAGACUAAUGAAAGGUUAUCCCACCGUGCUGCAUGGGGACAACCAAUACACACAGGAGCUUCUGAAAACAAUUGUCCUACGGACCAGGCGGACUCUGGAUGAAGAUGUCUUCCUUCCACUCUACCCCAAAAAUAUAUUGGAGAACAAGAAUAGUGGUCCCUACUUGUUCUAUCAGAGGCAGUUCUGGUCCUGUGUGAAGCUGCUGGGAAACAUCCUGCAGUGGGAAUGUGUCUUAUCCAGUUCCUGUCUGAGGGACCUGGCUUUGGACAGCACUGUCAAUAGAUACAUCCUCUCUGCACUGCAGACCACGGAUACAGCAGAGGAAAAUGUUCAGAAGUGCCAGAAGGUGGUGGAGUGUUUGCCAACGCAUUGGUUCUCUGGACUGAAGGGCCAGCAGACGUUGCCUCAGUUGGAGCCAUUCUGUCGCUACCUCACCCACCUGGCCAACUCAAUGCACCGCAGCAGUUUGGGCGGGUCUGAUAUUGAGCGGCGCACUUCCAAGGAGCAAAUCAAAGAGGUUGUGAAGAUGUUGGGACAGAUGAACGCCCUGGACCACAUCAUCGCUGUGGCAGCAGAGCAUGGCAUUAAGGACAUCAAACCACUGUUGGAAGCCAAAUCAUAGUGGACAAGAUGGAAGCAACGUUUCACCCCCUUUUUUGUUGUGUUUGGAACAUUUGAAGACAUGGGAUCACUAAGUCGGAUUCCUGGAAAACGUGUGCAUCAGUGGACUUGAAAUAAAACUCAACAGUUGUUCCCGGACUGAAAAUAGAAGACCUUGAUGUAAAUAUUGUGAAUAUUGUACAGAAAGGUGUGUACAUGCACCUGUUAACACAAGACUGAUGCUGAAUUGAGGCCUUGUAUUGUCAGCCCUAAAAGACUUAAGACAUGCUGGCAGUAUUUUAAAUGCAUAAUUUAUUAGGAGUAAAAAAAUUUGUUGACAUGGUUUACUUUUUGGAAAAUGUGUUAUCUCUAAAUUUACACUACGUUCACCCUAGCAGUCUGUAAAAUCUGCUUUAGCAUCUUCACUGCUCUCGCUUACCUUUUUUUUUUCCACGUGCCAAAAGGUAGAAUCUUCCAGCAGACUGUAAGGCAGUUAAAAUAUUUGAUCCCUGCUUCCUCCUGUAGUGCUCCUGUCACCUCCAAAAUGCAACGAUGACCUCACAGAAUCUGUAAGAGAUUUAGUAGUUUAUUUGCCUGGGAAUAAAAUAUACAUUUGAA